AUACGUUGCAACUUGUACGGCUGUAGUAAUACGAAUAACAUCAUUAUAAAACACCAAAACAUUAAAUAAAGGACGAACCAUUUCAAUUCGUUCUUUUGUUCACAAAUCAAAUCAUAAUUCCCACUUUCUUCUCCCCUACUCUCUCACAUGGCUCAGAAGGUGGUCCUCAAAGUUCUCACCAUGACAGAUGACAAAACAAAGCAAAAAGCCAUUGAAGCAGCUGCAGAUAUAUAUGGUGUUGAUUCCAUAGCAGCUGAUCUGAAAGAUCAGAAGCUGACGGUGAUCGGAGAGAUGGACACGGUGGCAGUGGUGAAGAAGCUCAAGAAAGUAGGUAAGGUGGACAUCAUAUCAGUCGGGCCCGCAAAGGAGCCCGAGAAGGAGAAGAAGAAAGAGGAGGAAAAGAAAGAGGAGAAGAAGGAAGAGAAGAAGGAAGAAAAGAAAGAGGAGAAGAAGGAAGAACCGAAGGAAGAGAAGAAAUAAUCUAACUUUUUUUAUAAAACUUAUUUUUAUAGUAUAUGUUUUUGUUCUAUAGAUCAAAUAAAUUCCUUAAAAAAAACUGAUGAAAAUGAAACUCAGAAUGGAGUUUUGAGCAGAUCUGCAAUGGCGGUUUAGAUCGAAGAUUCUUGUGUAUGAACAUGAUCUAGUUAGCUUCAUUUGCAAGCAUUGAACUGUCUUGGUACCUUUCAUAUCUUUGAAUUAUUAUUAUUUAUUUUCUGUUUUUCA